AUGUCUCGUAAUUACAACCGAUCAUCAACUUCAAUACUAAAUAAACCAUAUCAAUUAUUUCAUCGUUAUUUUCUACUGGAAAAAACUCCAACUUCAAAUUUAUCUGAUUUAAAUACUGAUACAAAUAUAAGAACUACAUUACAUCAACUAAGACAUCAUAAUUGGUCAAAAGGUGAAAUUUUUCAUUAUACAUUUCUUUGUUCAAUUCUUUUAUUUGUAUUUAUAAUAUUUCCAGCUUCAAUUUUAUAUAAAUUACCAAUUAUUAUAGCAUUUUCAUUUUUAUUUUUAAUUCCAAUAACAUCACAAUUUUUUUUACCUGCAUUACCAAUAUUAACAUGGUUAGCAUUUUAUUUUACUUGUGCUAAAAUUCCUCAUAGUUGGAAACCUGCUAUUUCAGUAAAAUUCUUACCAGCAAUGGAAACUAUAUUAUAUGGUGAUAAUUUAUCAAAUGUUUUAGCAAGUAUUACUAAUAGAGCAUUAGAUAUAUUAGCUUGGUUACCUUAUGGAUUAUUUCAUUUUGGUGCUCCAUUUGUUGUUGCUGCUUUAAUAUUUUUAUUUGGUCCUCCAACUUCUUUAAGAUCUUAUGGUUUUGCAUUUGGUUAUAUGAAUUUAUUUGGUGUAAUAAUUCAAAUGUUAUUUCCUGCUGCUCCUCCAUGGUAUAAAAAUUUAUAUGGUUUACAACCAGCUAAUUAUACAAUGCAUGGUUCACCUGGUGGAUUAGGUAGAAUAGAUGAAUUAUUAGGAUUUGAUAUGUAUACCACAGGAUUUUCAAAUUCUCCUGUUAUAUUUGGUGCAUUUCCUUCAUUACAUUCUGGUUGUUGUAUAAUGGAAGUUUUAUUUAUGUGUUGGUUAUUUCCAAAAUUAAAACCUUUAUUUGUAUUUUAUGCAAGUUGGUUAUGGUGGAGUACAAUGUAUUUAACUCAUCAUUAUUUUAUUGAUUUAACUGGUGGUGCAGUAUUAUCAUUAUUAGUAUUUGAAUUUACAAAAUAUAAAUAUUUACCAAAAAUUAAAGGAUUUUGUCGUUGGUCUUACACGGAAUUAAAUUAUUAUAAUAUAAAUAUUGAUGAAACAAUUUAUAAUGAUAAUGAAGAAGAAGAAAAUUUAAAAUAUAAAUCUAUAAUAUAUCAACAACCUCAACAAUAUCAAAUUCAAGAUCCAUUAUCAUUUGAUCAACAUGAUAAUUUUGAGAUGGGAAAUUUUUCAAGAUCUCGUCAAACUUCUAAAAGUUUUGUACCUUUAAUAUCAGAAAAUGAUGAUGUUGAUUCAGGUACUGGAUCAGUUUUUGAAGAUGAAAAUUAUGUUGGUUCUUCUAAAAGUACAUCAUUAGAAGAUUUAGCUUCUCCAAUAAAUUAUAUAAAUGAUAAAUCAGGAGAUAAAUCAAAAACUGGGAUAUAA